UUUUCUCUCACAACAGACCCUCAAUGCAUCUCCCAUAUUCAUGAUGAUGCGCAUCUCGAAUGACUCCCUCAACCUCCAAGGCCCACACUGCUCAUGAGUCGUCGUUCUAGAGGACCCACGCAACACCCGCGGGAGAGAGAUGCGAAGGCUCGCAGGGCCCACCACGGGCCUCUGUCAGAGAAGACUGGCUCUCCAGCAGCAACAACACCAGCAACAGAGAGAGGGGGGCCCAUGGCAUGCACAGAAGCGGUACUAUCUGGAAAACAGUCCGCGCGGCACCGUCGUCUCUCAGGGCAGGGGUUCCCAAAAGAAGACAUUCCCAACGUUUGAACUGCCAAAUCUGGUGCUGGAUCUUGAUGCGGAGGACAGCCCUCACGUGCGUCCCUUUGACAAGAAGAAGGAUGGCCCGCUGCAGCGUUCCCAAUGGGGCUACGAUCCCGCCGUUGACGAGGCCGAAGAGUUCUCGAGGAAGAUGACGUUGGCGAGCAAGAAAGACCUCGGAAAAUUGCACAGUGUCACGACGAGCCCCGAGAAGGCGCUGCGUAGAGUGCACAUAUCGGAUCUUGACGUGA